AUGGACAAGGAAGGAGGGUUUGUGAACAGACCACUUGUUCUGACUGGAAGCAAUUAUGACUACUGGAAGCCACAUAUGGUAGCCUUCAUAAAAGCUUUGGACAGCAAAGCUUGGAAAGCCAUUGUAAAAGGGUGGAAACAUCCUGUUGUGUUGGACGCAAUUAAACAGCCCACCUCUACUCUAAAACUUGAAGAAGAUUGGGAUGAUGAAGAGGAUAAUCUUGCUCUUGGAAACUUUAAAGCCUUGAACGCUAUAUUCAACAGUAUUGACAGGAAUGUCUUCAGAUUGGUGAACACAUGUGAAGUUGCUAAAGAUGCCUGGGAUAUCCUCAAAACUGCCCAUGAGGGAACCUCCAAGGUGAAAAUGUCCAGGCUUCAGCUGCUCACCACUCAAUUUGAGAAUCUAAGGAUGAAGGAAGAUGAAAGUAUCCAUGAUUUUUAUAUGAAUGUCUUCGAGAUAGCAAACACAUCUAGUGCCUUGGGAGAAAAAAUGCCAGAAGAAAAACUGGUGAGAAAGAUGUUGAGAUCCCUCCCCAAGAGUUUUGAUAUGAAGGUCACUGCCAUAGAAGAAGCCCAAGACAUCAACCUGUUAAAAUUGGAUGAAUUGGUUAGAUCCCUUCAAACGUUUGAAAUGAGCGUCAAUGAAAGGUCUGAAAAGGAGAACAAAAGCAUAGCCUUUGUCGCCAACUCUAAAGAUGGACAGGAGGAAUGUAAUCUAAGUACAAAGGAAGGAACAGUCAAUUCUAUAGUUCUGCUUGGAAGACAAAUUAACCUGGUAACAAAGCAGAUGAAAAGGAACCCAAAUUCAAAUGCUCAAAAUAACUCCUUUGACAUUCUCAAGGCAAAUGAUCUUGAAAUAAGAAGGGGAGAAGAAAAGUACCCUCAAGAAAAGGAGAAGUUUGUCAAGCAUGUGGAAGCCUUAACAGGUAGAUGGGGAUCUAGUGAAGAAUCCAGUGAUGAUGAACUGACCUAUGAUGGACUAGGUGCAUCAUACCGGGAAUUGUAUCUCAGAAGCUCUGAUCUAGGUCAAAUGACAGACAGACAAAAGGAUCUCAUACACCACCUAAAGGCUGAAAAGAGAGAGCACCUGAAAACCAUCUCUGCCUUAAAGGAAGAAGUGCUUUCUUUGAAGUCUGAACUUGACAGAGUUCACAAGUCUGUCAGGAUGUUGAAUAAAGGGAAUGACUCUCUAGAUGAAAUCCUAGAAAUGGGGAGAAUAACCGGAGACUUGAGUGGUCUAGGAUUCAGCAAGAACAAGAUAUCUGCCUCUGACACCUCUUAUCCUAAGUAUGGCUCUGAGAUGUUGGUUCAAAUGUCUCAAUAUUAUGGCAAGAGUAGAGUUGUGCCUGUAACAGCCCGAUUUUAUUAG